AUGUCUUCUCAGUUCCACCCGUCGUUGGCCACAGCUUCGGCUUCCACCCCUGCGAUCCAGGCGAAUGUGCGGCGAUGCCGCUGGCAAGAGGCGGUGCUGCUGUGGCAUAAUGCACUUGCCACGGAGCCCCCGAUUUCGCGAACAGCUGCAAAGCUAUUGCUCUCUGCCUUGCAGAGAACAAGUCUGUGGCAGCAAGUGCUUGCACUCGUUGCCGGUUUGCCAACUCGCAAACUGGCGGCGGACAAGACUAUAUACGAUGCGGCAUUACUGGACUAUGCAACGAAUCGCAAUUGGCAGCUCGCCCUCAACAUUGUAGGCAUGAUGAUGCCUCCCGUGACACCCGAUGUGGUCAACUACAACUCUUUGAUCGCCACAUGCCUUGGAGGUUCCAGCUGGCAGCUGGCAGUGCACGUCCUGGCCCACAUGCCCGUGUCGCCAGAUUCCAUCAGUUUUUCUUCUGCCAUCCGUGCAUGUGAGAAGAGCACAUGCUGGAAAGAAGCUGUCGCGCUCCUCUUCGGGAUGAUCGAGCGUGAGAUGCUUCCCUCCGGCAUCAGCUGCGGAUCUGCUCUCAAUGCCUGCAAAAGGGGCAACCGUUGGCAGCACAUGGUGGCCUUGCUGAACCUGCUGCAAGACAUCAAGGCACCACCUGAUGGGAUAAGCUACACUGCCACAAUCGCGGCCUGUGCCACCGAUUCCUGGCAGAAUUCCUUGUCCGUGUUCGACAGGAUGCAGAAGCAACAACUACUCCCUGACGUGAUUUCGUUCUCGUCGGCUGCGCAUGCCUGCGGUGCACAUGGACAUUGGGAGCAAGCUCUGGCGAUUUGCAGCAGCAUGCGCCAGUUCUUGCUUCAGCCGAACACGGUGUUGUACAGCUCGCUGAUCAGUGCUUGUGGUGCCACUGGGGAAUGGCAGCGGGCUUUCGCUUUGUUCGCGCAAAUGCAAGCCGAGAGCUUGCAAAUUGAUGUUUUUGCCUGUGGCGCCGCAAUCAAUGCCUGUACAUGUGAGGGGGCCAUGUGGGAGGAGGCCCUGCGCCUUUUGGACAGCAUGCUCCAGGCAACUGUGCGGCCAAGCAAAGUAUGCUGCAACGCGGCAAUCAGCGCAUGUGACAAAGGCGGUCAGUGGCAACUUGCCUUGGGCUCCUUCCAAAAGCUGGGAAAGUGGACGCUGCAUGCGGAUGCUGUCAGCUACGGUGCUGCCAUCAGCGCUUGCGCACAAGGACAUAAGUGGAUGAUGGCACUGACCCUCCUGGACGAAAUGCCUGCCGCGAGCACCAGAAGAAAUACGAUCUGCUACACCAGUGCCCUGAGUGCCCUUGACAAGGCUGGGCAUUGGCAGCUGGUGUUGCUGAUGCUGUCUCAGAUGUCGGAGGAGGCAUUGCAGCCUACUUUAGCAAGCUAUGGGGCAGCAAUGAGCGCCUGUGACUCUGCCGGAGCGUGGACCUCUGCAUUGACGUUGCUUCACCAAAUGAAGUCGCAGAGACUGAUGCCCACAGGAAUGAUCGCCGGGUCACUGGCAGGUGCUGUCCAAAAAGGCAUGGGCGAAGAUGCGGCCCACGAUGUUUUGGCAGAGCUUCGGGACCUGUGGACCGAGCAGUGUCCGCAUGCAGCCGGCGCGCUGCGUCCAGCAGGUGCCGAUCUUGCGGCUGUGGUUGGCUGUGGUCCUGGCAUCGUGGCUGCCACAAAGCCAAGCGGCGAGAGGACCGAGGACUUGGCCGAAAGCUUGGCUGAAUCACUUGGAUGUGAGCUGACUCUCGUUUCCCGGCUGGACCAUCCGACAUCAGGCGUGCUUCCCGUCGCUCUCGGAUCAGAAGACUCUGCUGCAGCCAACUGGUUACAAGCUCAAUUUGCAGGUCGAAUGGUGCGCAAGGAAUACCUCUGUCUGGUUGAGGGCCGUCCUCUUGGAGCCGAUGGUUGCUGCGCCCGGAUUGAUGCCCCCUUGCACACCAUCAAAAAAGGCGAUCAGCUCCGGACUGAAAUCUCCAGCCUGGGCCGGGAGGCGAAGACUGAAUACCAGGUGCUGGCAAGGUAUCGGCUGGAUGCCGCAAGUGACCCGGUCCUGUCCCUCCUGUCUGCUCGCCCGAGAACUGGUCGAACACAUCAGAUACGCGUGCACAUGGCCAGCAUCGGUGCACCGAUUGUCGGUGAUUUGACUUAUGGAAGGUCUCACCGCUCUAGGCAGAUAGCCUCCGGCUGUUGCCUUAAUUUUAUUGCCAUGUUCUUCACGCUGUGCCGCGACCUGCAUGACUUGUUUCAGAAGGACGACCUCGAACUUUCAUUCUGGCCCAAUGAUGCCGAGGACACACUUUUCGAGUUGUCUAAGGGAGCCGAUGUGUCCUUUGGGAUAUUCUCAGCGAGUCACACAUGGUUUCUCGUGGCGUUUGUGUUUCGGACGUUCUCGGACCUGUGCCAACUGAGAAUCAUGCGUCACUGGCAGGGCAACUUGUCUCAUCGUCGAGAGCCUGCUGCCUGCAAGUAUCGUGGCUACGAUGCGGUGGCCGACGACUACGAAAUGAUUACCAUGCCUGCUGAGCCAGGGGAUUGUGACGCAGAGAAGAAGAUGAUCCAGCGCCAGAUUGCAAGCUUAUCCAGGCGUAUUGCAAGAGGAGGUGCACCUGAAGUUCUUGACCACUAUCACAAGGUCAAAGAAGAUCUGGAACUGCAGCUCGCCAUGCCUGGCAUCUUGCGAUACAAAACUAUGGAUGUGCCGGACGUUGAUUUGCGAUCGACUUUAUCGACCAUUUCGACUUGCGACACAUUUCCCGACGAGCCCACCUGCGUCCCGCUGGACCUCGAACCGGCAGGAGUCCAGCCAAGUUCAACGUGCCAGCUCCUGGCAUCGUGGGACCUAGGGCACGCCAAAUCAUCGGACAGGAGGCAUCCACUGUGGUGGAGGGCUCCGACCAAUGACACGCCCGUUGAAUGCAAACCUCGAGGUAUAGGAUGGUAUAGGUUCUUCUAA